GAUUAUUUUACGUAAACAUCAUGGUAAACAUGAUGUAAACAUAAAGUCGUUGCUUUCCGGCAAUACAUAUGGUUUAGUUUAGAUUGAUAAUUAAAAACUAGAAAUGCUCAAACGAUUGUCUCCCAAAUAUUUUAGUAGUAAUGUUCGCUGCAUAUAUCACUUAUCAAGAAUUAAAGAUAUAUCAGUUGGAAAACACAAGGAUGGAGACAAAAUUCAAUUGAAGGGCUGGGUCAAAACAAUUCGAAAAAUGAAGGAUAACGUAUUUUUGGAUCUUAAUGACGGCAGUUGUGCGACGAACUUUCAACUUGCUUUAAGUAAAUCGUUAUUGCGUGAAACUGCGUAUGGUUCAUCUGUGGACGUGUGCGGAACUCUUGAACGAACAGCGAAGAAUCAACAGGAGCUAAAGGUUGACAAACUUCGUGAACUGGGAAAAUGUCCUUUAUCUGAGGGAUAUCCUUUCUACCCAAAAAAAUCCUACGCACCGGAUUACAUUCGCAAUUACCUACAUCUACGACCUCAAAAUAGUACGAUAAGUUCUACGUUGCGAGUUAGACAUCACGCGGUAAAGUGUUUCACAAAUCAUCUGGAAAAGGAAGGAUUUUUUCAAAUGCAUACUCCAAUUAUCACGUCCAACGAUUGCGAGGGAGCAGGUGAAGCUUUUCUGGUUAAACCAGCCAGUAGGCAAUUACUACAGAUGAUAUCAAAGAAGGACGUUCCCCUGGAAGAGCGUUAUUUCGAUGGACCGUCCUUUCUAACUGUUUCAGGUCAACUUCACCUGGAAGCGUUGGCUCAUGGCUUAGGUAAAGUCUAUAGUUUUGGUCCAACAUUUCGGGCAGAAAACUGCAAAUCACCAAUUCACCUCAGUGAGUUUUAUAUGUUGGAACUAGAAGAAGCAUUUUUGGAUUCAUUGGAAGAAUUGUCCAAUAGAAUCGAAUCAUUAGUGAAAUCAGCGACCAAAUCGUUAUUGGAUGUUGCUGUCGAAGAUGUGGCUCUGGUUAGGGAAAAGUCAACAACCUUCACCAUAGAAGAAAGUUUUGCAUGGUUAGAAAAACCUUUUCCUCGAAUAAGUUUUAGGGAGGCCAUAAAUGUGCUCCAACAGAACAAAUCUAAACUGAAAGGAACAAUCCAACCGGAAAACGGAAUUAACAAAGAACAGGAAUUAUUUCUUGUCCAUCACUUUCAGAGUCCAGUUUUUGUUCUAAGCUGGCCGAAGUUGAUCAAAUCAUUUUAUAUGCGGGAAUGUGAACACGAUUCGGAUCUGGUGGAUGCUUUGGAUUUUCUCGUUCCUCACGUAGGAGAACUGGCAGGUGGUAGCAUUCGUGAGAACAAUUACAGCAAAUUGGAGGCUAGACUUCCUGAUCAUGAUUCAUUGCGAUGGUAUCUCGAACUACGCAAGUUUGGGUCAAUAACAACUGGUGGAUUUGGGCUCGGGCUUGAACGUUACCUUUCUUGGGUGCUGAAUGUGCACAAUGUGAAAGACGUGAUAGCAUUCCCACGGUGGGCACAUAAUUGUGCAAUGUAAAAGUUUAUAACAAACUUGUGAUUGUCAAUAAAAUAUGCAUAAUUCUAGUCAAA